UAAAGCAGCAUUUGGACAUCAUGUCCCACAAAACAGUUGUAAUAUCCUUUGCGAUCCUCGCGUUAUUCAGUAUUCGCUCACAGGCCGAUCGACAAGAGCUAGUUUUAGAUUAUGUAACCAAUAUCACCCACAAUCUUCAGACCCAACAUUCUGGAGUAUUUAAUUGCUGGCUACUACAGUUUUCCAACAAAUCUGUACUAUCAACGAUGCUGAACGACAUCGCACAGCGCCUGAGUAAUCUACAUGUAAGUCUGUUACAAGCGAACCAUUGGGGUCAGCAUGUUCCUACAUUCCGAGAGCCCAACAUGGUCAUAACCAUGGUCAACUGUGGGGAAACCAACAGCAAACAUUUGACAACUUCUACAUGUUACAGUUCAAACGAAGAGCAAAUUAAAGUCAACUUGCUCGUUUGGUGGUUGACUAUGAACCAAUUUAUUACAAAAGAAGGCAUAGCCUACUAUGGAAGCGAAGCGAAAUUCUGCAGAGGUAAAACCACUGUUUGGUAGUCAUAGCCUACUACACUACACAUUUACACACUUCUACAUAUUUUAAAUUAAAGAUCUCUCAGUUUUAAUCGAACUGAACAGCCAAAAAUUUAUUAUCCAGCCAAAUCACGUCAAAUAAAAAGCAUUACCAUACACUUGAUGACCGCAACAGCUUUUCUAACUUACGAUGCUGUCAGUUUAAAUCACAGCAUCAAGCUGGCUGCGUACGUACGCAGCCAUCGUGGGGUGAUGUUCAGUUGAAGGUGCAGUUUAAAAAAUAUGAAAAGAAUUCAAUCAGAACAAAGUAGGCUUUUUAUAAAAUUGAUUAAAUCGCAUCAUAUCUGUAAUUGUAAAAAUAACUUAAAAUUAAACUUUAUUAGUUUACCAAAUCAUUUAGCAUCAGGGCUUAUAAAAAACGAUCCAACAUGCUGGAGUGUUUAAUUGCUGGCUACUACAGUUUUCCAACAAAUCUGUACUAUCAACGAUGCUGAACGACAUCGCACAGCGCCUGAAUAAUCAAGAUGUCAGUCUGUUGCAAGCGGACCAUCGGGGUCAGCAUGUUCAUACAUUCCGAGAGCCCAACUUGGUAAUAAUACUGUGGGGAAACCAACAGCAAACAUUUAACAACUUCUACACCAGCCAGUGGAUAGUGAACAUACCGCCCGAAUGUCCUACCAUUGUCCUGUUUGAACAUGAUGAAACUGGGACUGAUCAGCCAAGGAAAAUUGGAGAGUAUUUCCAAACGAGAUUGGUGUUCUACUUCAUAUUGAUCGCAAUCAACGAGGACGCCGUGUUCUGCUUUCGUUAUCAACCGUUACGCAUCACGAGUCACUCCAGUUUCCCCACGCUCGAUCAACUGUUCUUCGAUCGGCUACAGACGAUGCAGUUCAAACUUUUAGUGGCCGGAUACGUUAAGGACUUCUACACAUCCAUUUACUGUGAAAAGCUGCACGGUGAGGACACAAUGCUGUUUCUUCUCUUUGCUGAAACACAACAACUUACAUUUCAUUUGCAACAGCUUCGAUGCAACAGCAAUGAAUCUCUGGCCCAGUGUGUAUCGCGGUAUAAUCCGAUACAUUUGAUGCUAAAUCGAUUUUAUAUGGCGCAAUACAAUAAAUUUAUUGUAAGUGGGGUAGCCAUGGAACAGUUCGCUAUUGCCACGCCGAAGGGACGCUUGCUUACUGUGUGGGAAAUUAUGCUCAAACCAUUCCAGCAGUCUGCCUGGGGCAUGAUACUGGGCAUCCUUGUAACCUACCAGAUAAUCCAUCAGCUGAAGCCGACACUUUUCUCCAACAAUCUGCUAGCUUUGGCACUCUUUGGGUUUGAUAAGCGACAGCAAGUCCUUUCCAAAAACAUCGAGAAAAUAACCGCUUGUGCAUUGAUCGUGCUAUUUUUCCAACUCAAGUGUGCGUACGAGGCAAAGCUUGUAUCGUACAUCACCGAAGCGCCACGUGUCCCAGACGCCAAGUCAGUUGAAGACUUGCGCGAACGCAACAUCACUGUGCAUUACAAAAGCAUUAACAUUACAUUAUUGCAUAAACUACACGGUAUGGUCAAGUUCUACGAUAAAGAUAAUUUUGCUUUCGAUGGUAUUACAUUGGUGGAAAAUCGUGCUGCUCUGAAGAUGGAAAAGUUGUUUGCUGAUAAAAUGAAAGGGUACGGAAUGCAAUACACACUACUGGGCGAGAAUGUGUACGAGGCUAUUCCGUUUUAUCUAUUUGGCGCCAAGUCACUGCUGGCAAGGCGCUUUCAAAAAUAUCAACAACGCGUCUUCGAAGCCGGUAUGCAGCAGCACUGGCGUCGGGAGUAUUACAAUUGCUUUCUCUGGUAUAUCAAUAGCGGCAAGCAUCAAUAUGAUAUUUACGAUGGAUCAUCCGCUAUCAUUAGCUAUAGGCAUCUUAAGCCACUGAUGCUGUUUUUCUUAGCUCAAUGGGCAAUUGAGAUAAUCGUUUUUGGGAUCGAGGUAUUGGUGGAAGCAUUAACGCGAUCGCAGAACAAUUAGCAAGGCGCAUGACAUGUUACACGUUGCAUCGCCAUUGUAGUAAACUUUACAAGAUACAAUUUCAUGUACGAUACAGCGUGUAAAACAUUUAUACAUCUACAAAUUGGAACGCUCUUCGAGAAGCUAAGCCACUGGGCGCCUUCGGUUACGUAAUACGACCUAUUUUGUUGUUUUCUGGAGCUCAUCGUUGUGAACAGUUUACAAACAUAUUGUCAAAUAUAAGCUUUCCGAUACCAAUAAAUCAUUGCUCUUGCAC